AAAAUGUACCGAAGUACAUUACUCCAAAGAAAAUGUACUUACCGUUUCUUUAUGUUACAUUUGAACGCAUCAUGAUAACCUAACAGUCGUUUUACUGAGCCAACCUCACACAUCACGCUGCACAUCUGAAAUUUUAUUUACUUUUUAAGAUAGCUAGCUUGUAUGCUGCUGAUUACAACACAGAUUUCACAAUUGGAUUACUAUUUUUAACUGACGGGACUAGCGACAAUGUCUGUGUGUGCGAUUGCUUGAGUUUGAGUGGAUGAUUAAGACGGGCCCGUCUGUGGUGCGACAGUAGAAGGAGGAGACAGAGUCUUUUCAACUCGGAGACAGUCGAAGUACUGCAUUUGGUCUUUAUUUGAUGCACAAUGCUAAUGUGCUUGGCCAUUGAGGUUGUGUUCCCAUUUACAAUAAAUUAUUUUCGCCCUUUUCGCCCGUUCAGCCAUCCUCGCGAACAAAGUUAACUGCCAGACUUCACUUGUUUUACUUGUAAUAGCCUACCUGUUUGCUUAAAAUUCCAUUCAAAAACAUUGGUGGACACGCUGCAGUGAAAAUCGUUUUUGUUUCUUAAGAUUUGGCGUACUCGUGUUGACAGCACCAGUACUACCACAAUGUUGACAGCGGAUAACCAUGGAAAGCCGAAUGGGGUCAUCACGUGUCAACAUCUGUCCAAAUAUGCCCUCAUCUUCCUUCUCCUGGUCCUCUCUGUUCUCAUCUUCCUGCUAAUCAACAUGCUCAAUCUGGAGAACCUGAGCUGCCACACAGCAUCAAUGCUUUUUCAGCCACAGAGCAGCAGCCACACGGCUUUCGCCCAGAAGGCGCCCCUCCCUCCCUACUACAACUACACUGUCUGCAGCCACCUGGAGCCCACCCCCGAAGAAGCCCUGGAAGAUCGCUACCUCCUCAACUCUAUCGCUUGGCCCAAGUCCCCCACCGGCCCCGCGCCAGUGCCCCUCAUUCAGAGCAGCGAUCCUGUGCACAGCCUGUUCAACCUCCUGCCCUUAAAAAUCCAGAGGGAGUGGCGAGUGGGGGACCAGCUGGAGGCCCUGGUCCAGAUGCACGACUUCCAGGGCCGUCCCAAGCGCUACGGCGGGGACUUCCUGGUGGCGCGGUUGCACUCCCCUGAGCUGGGGGCGGGGGUGGCAGGCAGGGUGGUGGAUCACCUCAACGGCUCCUACUUGGCUCUGUUUCCCCUGCUGUGGCAGGGCACGGCCCAGGUUGUGAUCACCAUGGUGCACUCCAGUGAGGGGGUGGCUGUGCUGCAGCGGCUCCAGGAGCAGCGGUCUGACCGGGUCUUCUUCAAGAGUCUGUUCCGCUCGGGCAAGCGGUCCGAGACCACCAUAUGUGACAUGUGCCUGCCACCAAAUCAGCCGAAGCAGCCGCUGUGCAACUACACAGACCUCCACACCGGGGAGCCCUGGUACUGCUUGAAGCCCAAGAUGCUGAGCUGUGACACUAGAAUAAACCACGCCAAGGGAGGCAACAAGAAGAACCUCAUCACCAACAAAGAAGCACUACUCCUUCAGAGCGGUGUGAACAUCAAAGUUGUCAUCCAUGCGUCAGGACCUGAUCGGAUCAACGUGCUUCCUGGGAAGAAAGAUGAGAUAAAAAACCGCAGCAUCAUACCAGAGCCAGUCAAAUACACCCCUUCUGGGUAUUACUACCAAGGCUCUUGGAGGUCCUUCGCUGGAACUACUGCCCGCAAGUUUAACGACUCCUCGUCCAUCACGCAGUGCCUGACUGGCAAGGUGUUCCACAUGUACGGAGACUCCACGGUGAGGCAGUGGUUUGAGUACCUCAACGCUUUAGUACCAGAAAUCAAAGAGUUUAACCUGCAUAGUCCACAGAGAUCAGGGCCCUUCAUGGCGGUGGACAGUAAUCACAACAUCUUGUUGACAUACCGCUGUCACGGUCCGCCCAUCCGUUUUGGCGCCGUCAGCACCAACGAGCUUCGCUAUAUUGCCAAUGAGCUAGACGGCCUGCCUGGAGGGGCUGACACAGUGGUAGCCAUCAGCAUCUGGUCCCACUUCAGCACCUUCCCCGUGGAGGUCUACAUACGCCGCAUGCGGCACAUCCGACGGGCACUGGUACGGCUCCUGGACCGGAGCCCUGGCACGCUUGUGGUGAUCCGCUCGGCCAACUUACAGGUCCAGAACCAGGAGGUGAGCCUGUACAACAGCGACUGGUUCUCACUGCAGCGCGACAGGGUUCUCAGGACCAUGUUCAUGGGCCUGGGUGUUGUGUUUUUGGAUGCCUGGGAGAUGACCUUAGCCCAUAAUCUCCCCCACCAACUCCACCCACCCCCGGCCAUCAUCAAGGACAUGAUGGACCUCAUUCUGUCUCAUGUGUGCCCUACCAAGAAGCAGAAGAGCUAGUGGCAGGGAAAGAAGGGGGGAAGUUGAGAUGUGCUGUCCAAUUGCUUGCAACAUUGUUGCUCUAUUCUGAUUCUCUUACCAUUAAUAAGUUAACUAUUUAGCAAACGCCUUUAUGCAAAGGACCUUGCAGUGGAUUCAGAUAUAUAUGAUUGAGGAGCAGAUGGCAUUAAGCACCUUGCUCAAGGAUACCUACAGAGAUCGCACCCUUUAUCUAUCGACACCCUAUCCACUACAGUUUUUUUAUUUUAGUGGCCAGUUUAUAAACUAGAACAAGAGUGUUUGUUAUGGCCACUGUCAGAGGCCUCUAUACAUUUGUAAAAAAUAGUUUCGUUUUUUCUAUUGACUGUUGCCUUCAACUGUACUUUUGUAUUUGUUUAGCCAGGGUAAGGUUAGUAGACGUGUCUACUUGGCAGCUAGAUAGCUUUGCCUUCCUUUUGUUAGCUGAUAGCUUAUCUCUGUUUGUUUGAUUAUUUUCUUCGGCAGCACUCGAGUUCCACGUCCUGUUUGCAUAUCUUGUGGUGUCAUACUUGUUUUAUGUUUUGAUGUUCAGACUGUGCUUUCUAUCUUAUUUGAAUAAAUGGUAAACUCAACUGAAGCCUCAUCUUUGAAUAGAACACGGCACUCUGUUCCAUUUUCACCAUCAUCUGUUGUUUCCAGUCCAUUUUUAUUCAGCAACAUCUUGCUCAUCUACUCUCCUUAGCCCAGCCAUUUUACAUCUGCGACAUCCCCCGCUACUCAAGACAGUGGGGUUUUAAUAGUGUUGAUGAAAUGUGCCAAACCAAGCAUCUUUUGGUCUUUUCUAGUAACCAAUCCUCAGCAUUUUAAUGUUUGUACAUUUGUUAUCCAAAAUUCUUUGAAAGAAAUAUUCAGUGAUACACUGGCACCAAUAACAGAC